UCCUCCCAUUUUCUCUUUUUCCUCAUUAGAGUAUACAACAACAUAGGACUGUUACAGCAGCAGAGUUUUAUCUAUCACUCAUCAAAAUUUGGUAAAAUUCUUUCAAGAUUUUCUUUAAAUGAGAGUGAAAGAGGAAAAGGGUGACUAAUGAUUGUUUUAUUCUGAGGAAAACUGAAGUAAAGAGUGUGUGUGUGUGUGUGAGGGGAUAUGUAUACCGGAGGAUUAGGAGGGCCAAUGCGAAAAUCAUUCAAGGAUUCUCUUAAAGUUCUUGAAGCUGAUAUUCAACAUGCUAAUACUCUUGCAUCUGACUUUUCCGGGGAGUAUGAUGGAGCUUGCUUACAGAUGCGAAUGUCCUACAGUCCUGCGGCACACGUCUUCCUUUUCUUAGUGCAAUGGACUGAUUGCCAUCUCGCCGGUGCCCUUGGUUUGUUGAGAAUUCUUAUUUACAAGGUAUAUGUCGAUGGCACCACAACCAUGUCAACUCAUGAAAGGAAAGCAAGCAUUAGGGAGUUCUAUGCUGUUAUUUAUCCCUCUUUACUUCAACUUGAAAGAGGUGUGACGGACUCGGAAGACAAAAAGCAAAAAGCAGUUUGCCUGGAGAGAUACAGGAGACGAGAUGAUGAGGAUUACAGACAAGCUUAUGAUUUGGACAUUGAAAGGGAAGAUGAAUGUGGAAUCUGUAUGGAAAUGAACAACAAAUUUGUCCUUCCCAACUGCAAUCAUGUCAUGUGCUUGAAAUGCUAUCGCGAAUGGCGUUCGAGGUCACAGUCAUGCCCCUUUUGCCGCGACAGCCUGAAAAGGGUGAGCUCGGGGGAUCUGUGGGUAUAUAUGGACAGCAAAGAUGCGGUGGACAUGACAACAAUUACGAGAGAGAAUCUGAGAAGGCUGUUCAUGUAUAUAGACAAGUUGCCAUUGAUGGUGCCGGAUAAUGUUUUUGACACAUAUGAUACUCAUCUAAGGUAGAGGAGCAAUGUCCUAUUGGUUAUCUUGUUGAAAUUGGUCAAUGCUAGAUUGGAAAAGGUUAUGGUAUUUGGAUUUAGAUAUGAAGGUGGUUUCCUUUUCACUUUGUGAUUAGAAGAAACCCAGCCUGUAUUAUCGAGGCGCGGGGGGUUGAAAAGGUAAGUUAGAUUAAGCUAAAAUGAGCUUUAUAAUUCUCUAAUCUCCUAAUUUGUACAUGUCUGUACAGUUGCAAAGUUUGGUUCUUGACAUUACUAUUUCUUUUUGGUUGUUUGGUUUCUCAUUUUCAUGUCUGGCACAGAAGCCAACCUCAUAUAUUGACUAUUUAUAUACAUUGCCAGUGUAAAUAAUCACUCUUUUUAUUCAAGUAAAUAAUGUUUACACUA